AUGGCUCCGCCACCUGCGGUGCCGGAAGCGGAUCACCAGGACGACGACGACGGCAUCCCGGAAGGGACCGGGGUAGACCUGAGAGUGGCGGUACGUAGGCUCAAGGCCAGGAAUACCGCCCCAGGACCCGAUGGCUUGCCUGGCAAAGCCUGGGUCCUGGCCUCGGAGGCUCUCGGGCCCCGACUGGAGAGGCUCCUAAGCGCAUGCUUGGAGAGAGGCCAAUUCCCGCUUCGUUGGAAGACGGGGAAGCUGGUCCUCAUUCGGAAGCCGGGGCGCCCUGCGGACUCUCCGUCCGCAUACCGGCCCGUAGUGCUGCUCGACGAGGUGGGCAAGCUCUUUGAAAGAGUCAUUGCAAACCGCCUCGCCGAGCACCUUGCGGGGACGGGGCCGGAUCUUGCGGAACACCAGUUUGGUUUCCGCAAGAGGCGCCCUACGGUGGACGCCAUCAUGCGCGUGAGAGCCCUCACGACGGGGGAUGCAGUGGCCAAGGGGGGGUUGUUUUGGCGGUGUCUCUCGACAUCGCCAACGCCUUCAACUCCAUGCCCUGGAGCUGCAUUAGGGAGGCACUCCGGUAUCACCGGGUGCCGACCUAUCUCCGUCGUAUAG